AAAAGUGGAAGAAAAAGCGUGGACCCGGUGGACCGGCUAAAAAUGAGUGAGGAAAAUUCAAGUAAGUACUCGUUACAAAAUUAUUUUCAACUUGACAUCAAAUUGUGAAUUACUAGUUAAUGAGUAGGUCAAUUGUUUUAUUUUAUACCAAAAUUUUAGAAAUAACUACCCUACAUACAUAGGUACGAUAAUUACCUGUACCAUGUACCUGAUACCACCUGUAGUAUGUAUAGAUACCUACCUACUUACUUAAAGGUGCAUACCAAUAAAUACUUGAUUGAAUAUGAUCAAAUUUUUAUUCACAAUCAAAAGUGUAUUAAAUUAAUUAAACAUAAUUAGAUAAUAAUUUACGUAUAAAAACAUGCCCGCAACUGAUCUAAUCUAUCAUGCUACAACUGCAUCUCACGCACUAUUUAUAGGUUUUAUUAGAAACAUGCCAUACAUCUAUUCCUAAAUACACAUACAGUAUUGUAAAAUUCUCACAUUCGAUAUUGCAAAAUUCUCACAUUCGAUAUUGCAAAAUUUUACUAUACUUUAUUGUUAAAUUUAUUAUAAUAGUACAAUAAUUUAAUUUUUUAGUGCAAUCAAUUCUGGAAAAUUGGGGCUUCUCGGACCUGGUUCCAGUCUUUGAAGGCAAGUUUAUAAAAAUUGUGUUUUCACCUGCUUAUCAAAGUCUUUUUAAAUUUUAUUUAUAGAACAGGGUAUUAAAUCGCUUGAUAUAUUGAAUAUAGAUAGAGAAGUGGUGAAAGAGUUAAUUCCGAAAAUAGGCCGACGAUUAGAAUUUUUAAAAAAAUUAAACAAUCAUUGCCCACAACCCAGUGGUAGCGUUUCUUCUGUUAAUACAGAUAGUGAAAUAAGUGACAUCUCUCUUUUGGAAAUUGAUUUUGAUGAUCUAGAUAAGGAUAUAGAUAAUUCAAUUGAAACUAAAAGCAAUGGUCCGGUUGUUUUUCAAAAAGGAUUAGAAGAUUUUUUAAAGAGAAGUUUUGAGGGAACAGUGAUUAUAAAAAAUAAAAAUUGCUUAACAAGCACUUUAAGAUCACACUUAUGUGGCUUGAUAGUCAAUCAUCUAUUGAUUAAAUAUACAGAUAAAGUUCCUCAAGUUGUUUUUUUGAAAGUUUCUGAGGAAAUAGAAAAACUUUUUCCUGGCGAAACUGCAACAAUAUAUUUUCGACCAUACCGACCUAAAACCAACGUCGUCGAAAAAAGACAAUGUGGUGGUAAACUUUGGGCCAAAUAUACCAAUAUGAGGCGCGUUAUGAACCAAUUAACUGCAUUUGAAAAAAAAGUUUCUGACUUCGAGAAUAAGUACAAAAACCAAAAAAACAAAUUAAUAGAAAAUUGGACAUCCAUAAAAAGAAAACUUCUAAUUUUAAUAGAUCAAAAAGGGUCAAAAGAUGACCGAUUUAGGAAUGAAGAUAUUAACGUUGCGUAUAAUUUCCCAUUACUAUUUCAAUCGUCCAGCAUCAGGAAUAAGAAAUCAAAGAUUUUUAGAUAUACAAAAAUUGAAACCCGAGACACUUUUAUAACUCACAUUGAAACUUUAGCUGAAGUUGAUGAGCUGAAAAGAAAAUAUAUUGAGCGGGCUCAACAACUAUCCACAACAGUUCAACCCUUCAUAAUUGUGUGCGGCAAGGAUGCCGAUAUCAACGUAUAUAUUGCAAUGAAUAAUACAUUGUAUGAUCUGGGAAAUAUUGUCUCGGCAAUUGAUGCGGCGUUUAAAAUCCAUUUUGCCCUCAAUUUAGAAUUUAACGUAGCCUGUGCGCCUAUUUGGACAUGGUUACAGACCUGUGUGUAUGGGAUCCAAACCGAAUUUGACAAGCAGUUCGGAUCAGUGGAGGUCUUCAAGGCGGAGUUUAAUAAGGUCGUACUGUCUAACUCUUUCUGAUUAACGCUUCUGAUAUUAUUUAUAUUAGCUUUUUUAUUUAUUUUUUUAUAUUUCUAUAUGUGUUUGACACAUUACAAUAUAGAAAGUUUCGUUUAUUUAGAGACACCGUUUUUUUCAAUAUGUAUAGAUGUUAUGUAUGUCAAUUACGUUUUCCUUUAAAACUUUUGGUUCAUCAUUUUAAAAUAGUUCAUUUUUUGGGUGCAAACAGUUCUUACAAAUGUAAUGAAAAUAAUUGCAAUCGGAAAUAUUCGUCGCUUAAUUCAUUCAAAAAGCAUUUGGCAUUACUACAUUCGCAAUUAUCAAAUAUAGAGAACAGCCAAAAUGAACAAAAGCGAACUGAA